GUAGAAAGAAGUUGAAUAUAAAAAUUCAGUCAGGACCUUAAGUUGACCUUCAUGGAUUUAUUAGAUGAAGUACAAAAAAGAAAGUUCUAAACUUUAGACUUGACACGUUAAAGUUUACAAAUCGAUAUAAAAAAAAAGUAUUAAAAAAAUAUAUCAAACUUUUAAAAAGUUUUAUUCAUCAAAAUGACAAAUCCUUUAGAGGCAGUUCAAUUUAUAUCCAUCUUUAGUUACUUCAAUGCACUAAGUGAUUAUUUAUUCAUUGAAAAUUGUCUAUCAGAAGUUGAUCAAAAUAAACAAAUACCAGUUGUUAAUGCACUCUAUGAAUAUUUCCAAGUCCAUCAUGAUAAUCAAACAAAGAUACUUGAAUUAAUAAGAUAUUUGUUAAAAGGUAGCGAUUUAUACGGAGAAGAGGAGAAUGAAAAUCCUGACAUAAUUUUUGUGAACACAAUGUUUGAUUACAUUAUUAAGUCCCUUGUUUUUGACAAAUAUGGAAAUAUUUAUGGUUUUCUAGCUGAUGUUGUACAAAAAGCAAAAACGUUAGAAUUAAGUUUAAUAUACAGUGAAAUAAAGGUAAAUCUUGAGAAAGCAAUAUUUCAAAAUGAGUAUGGCGAACCAUCGACUCUUACUUCUUUAGCAGUGAAUAGAAUACUUACAGAUAUAAUAUUGCCUCUAUUUCCUGAACCAAAAACUGACCUUAAUUUAUUGUCUCUUGACUAUAUUUAUGCACAAGCAGGAUUACAUUUUCUUCAACCUGGUAGAAUAAAUAGUAUCUAUUAUACAGGUUCAGAGAACAUUAAUACUACUAUAUUGGAUCAAGAAAACUUAUUUGACGAAUAUUUAGCCACAGGAAUUACACUAGAAACUUUUGUUGACAACGAAAAUAUCACUUUAGCAUCAUUGUAUGCUUUUUCUCUACCAGCCCUAUUUCUCCAUGCCUCAAAAGAAUCUGAUCAAGACGAAAAAAUAACAUCUAAAGUUUUUGAUCCACUUUACUGGAAAGCAGUUUAUAUAAAUCUAUUUUCAUAUUUGCAUGCAACUAUUGACAGAAUAAAUAAAAAAUUAAGAAAUGAUACAAUUUAUCAAAUACAUGCAGCAUUUUCAAGAUAUCACAAUCCUUCAGCAAUAGCUGAAAUGUUUUUUGAUCGUCAUUGCAAACACUUUAACCAAGAAGAUAUAGCGUCAAAAAUUGCUGACUAUAUAGAUCAUCCAGCAAACUUUGAAUGUAAUUCUAGUUAUAUAAUGCCAAAUCUGACUGUAACAUUCAUGUACCAUGUUAAUGAAGUUAUUGAAGCAUAUAAAAUUCAUGAUUUGAAAUCAGUGAAACAGUCAUUCGGAAUUUCUUUAUUAAGAUCUCUCAAAUAUGAUAAAGUAAUUAUACAAUUACUUGUUCCGGAUGAUAAAGUAAAAUUAGGUAUAUUUAAUAAUCAUGCGCGAAUACCAUUUGAUGUAUUUGUGUUUUAUUAUCCAGAAAAUAACAAUGCAUAUUUUUAUGCAUUAAUACGAGAAAAUUACACGACGACAUUAAUCAAACAGGCUGAUAAUCCUGAAGAUUUUCAAAACAAAACUGGUAUGAGUGUUCAAUUAUUACUAAGUCUUAGGUAUCAUCGAUUAAAUUUGAAAAAUGUUGACCAAUCUAUGGAUGUAUUUUGGAAUGAAUAUAUGGCUUAUAAAGGACAAAGAUUAGAAUCAUAUCUAAAAUUUUGUAACAGCCAUUUGACAUUAGGUGAUUGGUGGAAGGAAUUUGGAUUAUCGUUGGUACCAUUUUAUCCAUGCGUUACAAAAUUAACACAGAAAAAAAAUGAUGAAAAAAAUCUUUGCGAAAUCGAUGAUUUCGUAGUUUUUAGUCAAAUUCAUACAGAUAUAUCUUCAUUAUUGACGCAACAUAAUACACGCAUAUUACUCGCAUCAUUAGGUGCUUCUUUAAAGACCAUACUUUUAAAGAAUACAAACGAUAAAAUGAUAUAUUCCUCAGUCAAUAUGAUUAACAAAAAUAAAUUACCACUCUAUGCAGUAUCAUCUACGAGGAAAGUAUUUAAAGAAUUGUCAUUGCAUAUAGAAGAACCUGGAUUUCAGCUUACUACUAUGACUACAACUAACUUAGAGUUUUUGAAAGUAAAAUUUAAUAUCUUACAAGACAGAGUUAGUAAUAGGUUCAAAUCUGCUAAUAAUAUCGUGCAAAACAUAUAUUCAUUACAUUUUAACGAUUUAAGACUACUAAAAUUAGAAUAUAACAAUACAACUUGUUCAUUCUACUUAAAAUGUCGAAUAAAUGCUAAAGAUAGUUAUGGUUACAAAUACUUCUAUUUAAGCCCUAAAAGAUUUGUAGAGUUAAGAACUGACUAUACUGUAAAUAAAAAAUUGUUUCUUAUAGUAAAUGAUACUAAGAUUAAUGUCGAGAAUGCAGGCAACAUAACUAUAGAUAAUACUUUUGUUUAUAAAAAUAGAAACUGUACGUAUGAAAUUACUAACCAAUUACAAAGAAGCGAUGAAAAAUUUUCCUUUUUAGGAAUAUCUAUUAAUUCUUUCAAUAUUGAAAAAUGUGACAUUGGUAUAUACAUGCAAUGGUCACUACCUUUAGUUAAUUGUCCAAGACAUGCCCGUCGCAUGGAAAAAAGGUGGAAUCUUGAUGAAGAUGUAGAAUUCGUAUUAAAAAAACAAAUGAAUCUUACAAAAAAUGAGAUAUUGAAAACAAUGGAAAAAUAUACAUUUCCGGAUGAAGGAAGGCUUGAUUUAAAAUUCGUGAAAGAUUAUACAAAUACUACUGACUUAAAAAUACCUGAAUGGUCAGAACACUAUAUAAUAGAAAACCAUGCUCUUCUCUCGAAAUUAAGAUUCGAUUUACACCUCGAGAAUGCUAAUUUGUCACUCACUGAUGGUAUUCUUAAAAUUGAAUCAAUUUACACAUUUCGGGAAAAACAAAAAAUUGAAGAUGGAACAAAUCUAAAAAGUAUAAUUGAACACUACAAUUCUCAAAAUGCACGAUAUGUUACCACAUUUGAAGAUUAUUAUGCAAUUCGAAAUUUUGCACAAUCUGGAUAUACAAGAAUAACAGGAGAUACGAGGGAGGCAAAUUUUAUGAAAUUGGCUUUAUAUAAAUUAGCAAUUAGACAAUCUGACGAUCCAGAUGAUGAGUUUGAAAAAACUUUAUUUAGAAUUGAAUCAAAACCAAUAGAAAUCAUCAACAAAACAAUAUCUUCUAAACAAAUAUUAAUUUUCCCUAAAUUUUCUACUACUUAUUUAAAGAAGUCAUCUGCUAUUAAUUCCGCUGUUUUUCCAUUACCUGGAUAUAAAAAUAUCUUGUACGUGAUGAAAUUGACUAAACCUUAUUUUAGAGGAAAAAUAAAACAAUUCUUCCAUUAUGAGAAAGAGAUAGCAAUUCUUUUACCAGGAAUUGAGUUUUCGGUUUUAAAUGUAAGUGAAACACGACUCCUUCAUUUAGGUGAUUGUUUAAGGGUAGAACUUAUGUAUGAUCAUGCGAGUAAUGAGAAAUACCAAGGAUAUCAAAAUAUUAUGAAGAAAAUCACACAACUAAUGACGAAAAGUUCUAUAGAUUUUUAAUUUUUUAGCAUGUUUAAGUUUAUAAAUAAAACAAUAAAUUAUUAAAUGGUUAUAUUAUGUUUAUAUUUGUUUCUCAUUUUUUUAUUGUAUAUAGAAAACAAAUAAAGUUUGUUGAUCGUUA